AUGAGUUCAACAAGCAAUAAUUAUCAAAGGAAUCCCGAUGAUUCCAAAAUCGGUCUGUCUAAGCUCGAUGAAUCACUUUCCCAAGAUAUUUCAGAUGCUCAAUUCAAUAAAAGCAGAGAACCGACCCCUCCUCGAGGUCUCAGCAACACAGUUGUCGAGAAUCAUUCUGACAUCGAUGAAGACUUUCUGGAUCUUGUUCCUGAAUUGGGUACUGCGUUUGGCAUGCCAGUGUAUGAACACUUUGGUCCAGGCAGUCGACUCCAUAGUAUGAGUUCUCGUCGUGGAAGCAUGCUAGGAAGCGGACAAGGCAGUAUUAUUGGUAGUGAAUGGAACUCGUCGGGAUACUUCCGAAAUCGAGCUACAAAGACAAGUUAUACUACAAAGGUGGUUGGCACAGAGGACGAACUAGUAAUUGCCAAGAGGGUAUCUAGAACCAGUCUUACGCCGAAAGGGGAAGCUCGUGAGAAGCCAUGGCUUAAGGGAAAAAGCCGGAGAAGACUCAGAAAUCUCAGUUGGAUCUUCUGUGCUGGUAUUGCUCUUGGAUGUGUAAGUAUUGCUUUGCAGGUUUGGGCAGCAUGGAGAUCAGUGACUAACUUCGACUACUGUGAGGUCCUCAUCGAUGAAUUUGACACCUUCAGAGAAGACAUUUGGACCCGAGAAGUGCAAGUUGGAGGAUUUGGAAAUGGUGCUUUCGACUGGACAACCUCAAGUGAGAGGAAUUCGUAUGUGAAAGACGGAAAACUAUACAUUCUUCCCACCUUGACCAAUGAGACCAUUUCCAACGACGAUAUAUUAAAUGGUUACACAGUUAACCUCACAGCUGACGGGACAUGCACGGGCCAAGGAGCAGAUCAAUGUUGGAUUACUUCCAACAGAAGUGAGAACGUGAUUUUACCUCCAGUGCAAAGCGCACGACUUAAUACCAAGCUUUCUGCCAGCAUCAAGUACGGAAAAAUUGAAAUUCGUGCGAAAAUGCCCAAAGGUGACUGGCUUUGGCCUGCAUUAUGGCUAUUACCUGUCAACGACACCUACGGCCCCUGGCCUGCCAGCGGAGAAAUAGACAUUGUCGAGUCUCGGGGAAAUGGUGUCCUUUAUGAGGAGGGAGGCUACGAUCAAAUUUCCAGCACACUUCACUGGGGUCCUUCGACCACUAUUGAUGGAUACCUUCAGACAUUUAUGUCUUACCGCAGAAAACUAAGCCUGUUCGGUAAUACUUUCCAUACAUUCGGGUUGGAGUGGAGUGACAAAUAUAUCAAGACAUACGUGGACAAGAGAUUACAGCAGGUGUUUUACCAUCGAUUCAACAAGCCAUUUUGGGAAGUAGGAAAAUUCCUGCCUACAUACCAGAACGGGUCUUACAUUCAAAACCCGUGGCCCGCUGGCUCACCCAUUGCUCCCUUUGACCAGGAAUUUUACUUGAUUCUUAAUGUCGCGGUGGGAGGUACCAAUGGGUUCUUUCCCGACCAAAUGGGUAAUAAGCCUUGGAGAAAUACCCAGCAAAACACUGCAGCUUCUUCUUUCUGGUCUUCUGUAAGUAGUUGGUAUCUGUCGUGGCCACAAAACCCAGAAGAUAGAGCCAUGGUUGUGGAUUCAGUGAAGAUGUACAAGAUUUGCGAUAAAUCUAAGUAG